ACGAGGCCAGGUUCACUAUAGCAGGGAGGAGAGAGACACUGGGUACUCACCCACUCAUUCGAAUCACAUAGCGGAGAGCUCACAACCACCACCUCUCCCUAUCUUGGACAAAGCAUAACAGGACAUCCCUUCGCCCAGGAGAAGCGGUGCAAUUUCAUCGAAGAGCUCACGCAUAAAGCAUUUUCUUCUCAAUUACAAAUCCCAGGUCCGUGAGGUGUGUGCGAUCGUUCCCAGCAGAAGGAUGAGCAGCUUUGAUUUGGUUGAGCUGCUGGACACUUGGGAGGACCUGAACCUCACGGGCCUCCUGGAGAACGGGACGCGUGUGGAGAUGGUCGGGUGUCCAACAGCAUUCGACCGCAGCGCCCUGCUCCACUCCAUGUGCAUCCUUUACAUCUUCAUCUUCGUGGUCGGUUUGGCCGCCAACGGCCUCGUCCUCUGGGUCAAUGUCCGCUCCCAGCGCACCACCUCCAGCUCCUCCCCUCGCCAUGAGACCCACCUCUACAUCGCCCACCUGGCGGCGGCUGACCUGUGUGUGUGCGUCACGCUGCCCGUGUGGGUGAGUUCCCUGGCGCAGCAUGGCCACUGGCCCUUCGGCGAGGUGGCGUGUAAGCUCACCCACCUGCUCUUCUCUGUUAACCUCUUCAGCUCCAUCUUCUUCCUGGCCUGUAUGAGUGUCGACCGCUACCUGAGCGUGACACGGCCCGCCGACAGUGAGGAUGGGGGACGACGGCGGAAGCUGAUUCGCCGUAGCGUGUGCGUAGGGGUGUGGCUCCUGGCUCUGGUGGCCUCCCUGCCCGAUACCUACUUCCUGCAGGCGGUGAGGUCAUCACACGGGGAGGUAGUGCUGUGCAGGCCGGUGUACCCAGAGGAACACUCCAGGGAGUGGAUGGUGGGAGUUCAGCUGAGCUUCAUCCUGCUUGGUUUCGUCCUACCCUUCCCUGUCAUCGCUCUGGCCUAUGCCCUCCUGGCCCAAGCCCUCUCCUCCACCUCCUGUUCCUCCUCGGCGAUGGAGCAGGAGCGUCGUGUGAGCCGCAGGGUGAUCCUGGCCUAUACCGUGGUAUUCCUGGGCUGUUGGGGGCCCUACCACGGAGUGCUCCUGGCCGAUGCCCUCUCCCUGCUGGGCCUGGUUCCUCUGAGCUGUGGGCUGGAGAACGCCCUCUACGUGGCGCUGCACCUCACCCAGUGUCUGUCCCUGCUCCACUGCUGCUUCAACCCCAUCCUCUACAACUUCCUCAACAGGAACUACCGCUAUGACCUGAUGAAGGCCUUUAUCUUUAAGUACUCCACACGUACAGGCCUGACCAGGCUCAUAGAGCAGCCCCACAUCUCUGAGACAGAGUACUCUGCUGUCGCCGUGGAGAACCCACCACAGAUCUGAGACUGAACUCUAGAGCACACCCUGGAACUUCAGAACCCACCAUAUAACUCUAGAACAUAGUCUGUCCACCUGACCCCAAAUUAUUGAAAUGACCUAAAAUGCAGUAACCCAUGAUAACCUAUAUAGGCUAAAUUUGGGCCAUCACAAAGAACAACAUUAAAUAUGUGUCUUAACAACUAGAGCAUAACAAAUAACCUUUCCCAAAGCCUAAGCUGUACACAAACUUCAUCACUGCCACAAGUUUGUGUGACCUCAUCUGAAGCAAACCAAACAUUAUUUAUAAUCCAACAUUCCCCUCACAGAAACUACCUGUGUAUUUGUCCUGCUACCAUGCGUUCCUAAUAAGGAUGGUGUGAGGGACUGCAGUUGCAGGCCAUUAUCAACUCAAACUAAUGAUGUCUGGAGAAAAGCACUUAUAUUGAGUGGAAGAGUAGAUUCUCUGUCUGACAAACAGACUGUUUUAAAGUGCUUCUGAAGUAGUGCCAUUGUAGUCAUGGCGACACAGACAAACUCUCUCUCAAUCCCUCUCUCCACUUCAAGACAUACCAAUCCCAGUUUGUCUGUCUGAAGAGUCCUAUAUAACUGCUAGAGGUGUGUGUAUGUGCGUGAGUGCGUGUGUGUGUGCUUGUGUGACACCUCAAAUCCACUUUGUAAAUAGUUAGAAGGGCAUUGAAAUACAUAUAUUAUAAUUGUUAGAUUGUUAUUAUUCAACUUUCUAUAUACUGUAUUUUUGUACAUAUUAUAAAAUACUUUCAAAUUUGGCAUUGUUUAUGUACAGAUGUAGGAUCUUAAUCACCACAUAUUAAUUUACAUAGAGUUACUGAAAACCACUGGUUAUAUGAGACCCCCGCCUCGAUAGUUAUGUAACAACAUUUUCUUUUUAAACUUUUUUUUACAUUGGAUAAAAUGGUAUAUCAUACACUGCAGUUGAGGAACAAUGGGGAAGUAAUUCUGCUUGGAAAGUUGAUAAACUUGUAACCCCACUUUUAAGAAAAUGGCCCUUGAAUGUUUUGGUACACCAACUACAGAGCUCUUCUUUGUCUACACCUAUUCAGCAUCAUUCACACCCUCUUAAGCAUUAGCCCCAACCAUCUCUUUAAAGAUUCACAUGUGAGGCCAUGUGCUAAACAGGGUGAGUAAGGUAGUGUAGUAAACAACCAAAGACGUCAAGACUAAAAGUGGUUUAAGUAGUAGCCUAAAAGAAGGACAAACUCCAGGUAAAAAUACACUUGAUCUAGUCCUUGGUCUAUAUCCUAACCUAACUUUGAAAGUGUCCAGAUAAUGAUAUUUUAUAAAUAUAAGAGAUUGCCCAGACAUUUGUCUAAAUUGAAGGGUCAUGUGAAAUAAAUGCUAUAACCACCCCCCAGACACGCCUAACUAAGUGGAUGGGUCACUACUGUUUGUUCAUGAAAUACAAUAGUUGUCCGAAAUCACCCCCAGAUACACCUGGCUAACUUGAUCGGUCAUGAUAUAAUUCUCUUGCGAAGUGAGAAUGCUGGCUAAUUAGCUAAACAAUACACCAUAAUCCCACCCAUAGCUAUAGUACAAACGGAUUGUCAUAGCAAGCCACCAUAGAUGAAAUGAGUGGAUGAACGCUUCACGGCAGCGUGUCUUUUCCGUUUGGUUUGUAGUUAAAUACAGCUUAUUUUGCCCGUUGUUGUGUCAAGUCACUCCAGUUCACACUGCAUUUAGCUAAAAAUUAAAAUUAAAAUGCCUAUUAUGUGAAGUAGUGAUGUAUGACAUACGCCUAGCUUCUUGAAAUGGGUCAUAUUCUGUAUGAACAGUAUUGCACUCUACAUGUCCAGCUAAUAGCCUAACCACCGACCAAGCACUAUGGACUAAACAUUCAAAUCCUGUUGCUGCGGGAUAAUUUUGCGAUGACAAACGGGUCAAUUUAAGAUCCUACAUCUGUAGUUUUGUUAAUCGUAAUUCAUAUGUUGUGGAUUCAGAAGUUCACAUCAGUAAUUUCUAUGUGUUCAUGAAGCUGCCUCAUUGUAAAUGAAAGUCAAUGACUCUGUGACACGAGUCCUGCUAUUAUAGUGAAAACAGUGUGACUCACACAAAGUUCCAUACCAAAUGAUGAUGGAUAAAAACAUUGAGUUAUACAAUGCUAUGUCUGUCUGUCUGUGGUAACAAACAUAUUUUGUUUGAUCCAUUGCCAUGGAGUUAUAGUGUCAUCUGAUUGGAUGCAUAUGUAUCCUGUUACAUUGUGAGAAUUCCAAUCCUAGCAGUCAUUAUUGAAAGAGAAAGCCAAGGACCAUUGAUGUUUUGUGUUUACUGUAUGUUAUGGAUUUUGUUACUUACCAAAAAUGAAUCUCGUGUCUGAAGUUCUUUUGCUUUGUGUUAUUACUUUAAUCAGAGCCUUUUAAUUAAAGUAACAAGAGGACACAUUUUAGUAUGGCAGCUCUGACUGGAGUGCAUUAGCAUGAACACAUUCAACCAGACACAUUUUCAACUGUAAACUUUAGGUGGCCAAUAAAUGGACUAUGUCAUUCAUAACGUUUAAUUAGAUCCUGUAUCCUAGCCGUAACCGUUCAGUUAUGAAGCACGGCUGCAAUAUACACAGUGCUUUUACAAUGCUUAUCAUGACACGUAGGACACAUGUCUUACAAUUAAAGUCACAAUGCAGAACAAUGCAUGUUUUAUUCAGACAUGAAAUGAGAAAGAAUUCAGGAAUAGAGAUGUAGACCCAGUUGAUUGGCAGACAAACCAGGUUAAUAUAUCCAGAUAUGUGCUCACUCAGUCAGGGGGACAGGCAGACACAUACUCAUAUAUAAACACGGGCUUCACACAGUGUUUAACAUGGGGGUUCUCUGCACCUCAUGAAAUGUCAUAGCCUUUCUUACCAGACUGAGCAAUGGGGAAAUUAUGAUGACAGUCAUAACAUUUACUCUGGCUCUAGAGUCUAGAUGGAGUGAUACCUCUAUGGUUUAAAUAGUACAUCAGCAUUAGUUCGGAACAGACAAGAGUCUCCAUGUGGUUCUACAGCAUGUGUUCAGACUUUCAUUUGGUCCUCUCACAGAGUGGUUCUGAUACACACUGAUUGGCCUUAACUGCAGUAACACACAGUAACACACAGUAACACACACACUCCUGCUGCUUCAUGACUGACUGAAGAGCAUGUGUUUUCCUUGGCUCGCACUGUAGUGUGAAGUGUUUUCGCUUCCCUUUACGAUUUGCUUCCCUUUAUGAUUCACUUUAGAUUUUCUAACGUGUGCAGUAUGAUGUGUAUAGUGCUUACAAAGGACGAGUCAAGCAGUAUUAUUCCAGACCCAGCUAUUUAGCCAUCCAAACUAUCUGUCAAGUGUCUUGUCAGAGCCGUUUACUUUAGAGACAGGGCUCUCUCUUAUUAGCAGGCCUCUAUUCUCACUAUUAUGAAAGCCCACUUUAAAUCUUGGUGAAAUACUCCUCUGUUCACAUGGCUCGCCAACAGAAAGGAAGGAUAUGCAGCACAGUCACUGUAAAUAAAGCACAGCACGGAGGCUGAGUACAGUAGAAGUGCAGCAUAUGGUUUGUAUAUGUUGAAAUCAUCUGUUGUUUGACUUGAUGCAAGCCAUUCUCUGUGAGUUGUAUGAUUUACAGUGCAGCCCAUUGUGGGUUAUCACUAAGUUUUGAUUUAAUAUGGACAGAUAACGGCCCAGAUAAGAUAUUGAUGGAGGGCGGGUUGCUUUAUAUUGCUAUGGAGCUAUAGAUCUCAUGGUCCAUGCCCUGCUCAUGCCCUGCAUACGAUAGAGAGACCAUUAACACUGGAAAGGAUGAAAGGGGGAGGAUGAAGAGAGGUACAGGGUAAUUUAGCAGGAAUUUAGGGAGGGAAAUAUAAGCUUACUCAUACAGUACACGUGCACACACAUACACACUAAUGUGCAUGCACACACGCACACAUGUGCACACACAGCACUAUAGGUCUACAUUACUUCUGGCCGAGAUGCAAGCGCUUACUUUAGACUAGAUUUAAUUCUCAAUCAAGCCCAUAUUUGCUUCAGUGGGCCUGGGAUCAAUUCCAUAUGAGAAUGUAUGGCUGUGGAAGGUCUUGAAUUAUUAAUGAAGUUGAGGAGUACAGCUGUGCAUGCUCCUAGGGGAGUUUCUGGAGUGAAUUUGAGGAGGAGUCAGAGCAGAGAGACUAUUUUGAUAGAGGAUAGGGAUAGUUUAUCACCCCAGGACACCUCACUCAUCUAGGAGAGAAGAGUAGGACCAGUCAUACUGGCAGGCAGAUGUUAGACAGAUGUUCUGCAGCGAGAGACAGGGAAAUGAGAGGUGAGAGGUCAUCAAAUCAUGAGUUGGAUCAAACAUCAGUAAUCAUACAUACUCAUUUACACAGAGUAAUCAUACAUAUUCAUUUACACAGCCACACCUUAUUUAACCACCUGAACAGGCUUGGUAACAUUUGAUUUAUAGUGCCUCAAUGUUUUUGACUGAUUAUACUUGGAGGUGGAGGCCUGCAAUACUUUUAUUGUGAUGACCUUGCCCACACCUUUAGACGUUGGGAUUACUGAGAGUAAAUAUGUGUCUGACUUCCUACUUUGUAUGUCAGCAUGAUUCUCUUAUAACUUUGUAUCCAAAGAAGCAACUGCCCUUCAGUGUUAUUUUAGGUUAUUUGUAUGAAACAUAAGCAGAACAUGGUUGCACAGUUGCUGGUUCAAAUCCUGCUCUGACUGCUUCACCUCAAUCACUAUAUGGUGGCAAUGGUGAGAUCAGAACAGUCUCUGAAGUCCAUCUUAAAGGGCAAUUCUGCCACUCUUCAACCUCAUUUUCAUCAUCUCCAGCAGGAAACCAGUGUCUACAUAUGUGAAAACAGCGUGUUUUUACGGUCUGUGGUUAAAAAGAUAAGAAGAAAGUUCCUAAAAAAUGUUUCUCUGUGACAUCACUGUGUAGGGUUAAAGGGUUAAAAUGGUGAUUUUCAAAACCUGCAAUGGGUUUCUAUCCCAAAGGAGGGUAUGUUCCUGCUCCCCCAUCACACCAAUCUCAUAGUCUUUGAAAAUCUCUGUUUUAAAAUGUUUUAUCUUUUGAUGAUGUCAUUGCGUAGAACUUUUUGACUUUCUUUUUUUUUCUACAAAACUUAGAAAUGUGCUGUUUUCACAUACAGUAUGUUGACAUGUAUUGUGCUGGAGAUAAUGAAAAUGAGGUUUAAAAGUGGUGGAAUUGCCCUUUAUCUGAACAAUGCUUCUUUAUCACUUUCGCUGUAACCCACCACCUGUGCGCCCUACCCAGUGCUUAGCCCGCUCAUUGAUAUUGCCACAUGGCUCAUGUCUAUGUUAAUAACGAGCUUAACCAGAUCAAAGGCGAUGGUAUGGACAGGACACAUGGUCUUGAAAGCUGGGGCUUGUAAUGUUGAUUUAUAUUGCUCAUACGUGCCGAGGCUAUGGUUCCGGUAUUUAGGCAUCGCUUAAUUCACCCAACACCCUGUCCACUAAAAAGCUCCACACACUCCACCCCACCCGCCCGCACACUGUCAGAGCAGCAUGCUAUUGUCAUCCUUAACGACAGAACUUCAGAAAAGCGCCUGCGAAGAGACGGCAGCUGUUUAAACCUUUAAGAAGACAUGAACAAGAGCAAAACCAUUUCCUCUGUGUUAUCCUAAGCUCAACGUGUUUCUUCAUUAAGCGUUUCUCGAAGUGUAAGAAGACGAAGGGAUCAAAUAACCACACUCUAUAUGGAAAAAACAUGUGUGACAUUUCCACAUUUUGCAAAAUCAUGUGUUUUUGGAACACAUCACGUGAUGAUAUUUCACAAGUGGAUUUUUGCAUGAUCACAUAACCUUUCACAUGUGGAUUCAAAUGAUCACAUUUCCCCAGGUGAUGCCCCACAUACUGAAAUGAGUCAUUGUGAUACACACAGCAUGUUUAGCAUACCGUGUUUUCAGCUUACAUAAUCAAAUAGACUUUGACUACAUUGUGGAUGUAUGUUUAUAUAUAGAGUAAUUCAUAUUCAACAUGUCCUUACCUGGGAUUUGAACUCACAACCUAUUGGUUCACUGCGUUCUGAUCUUCCUGAUAUGCCACCAUGUCUGUGUCAAUAACUGAUUUCACAAAUAUUCCUACAUUUUGGACUUCAAAGUAAAUAUCAGCUUUGUUAAAAAUACACUAUAGAAAAACGAUCCUAUUUAUCAUAAUGAUACAAUUAUUUUCCCCCAGGCGGUCUCCUGUCCCUGUACUAACCAGGCUGGACUGUGAAAAGGUAUAUAAGGCCACAAGUGUAUUUUAUUUAUUAGGUCCCUUGGCUCAUCUCUGCAACUCAAUGCGCUCAGGAGAGGCCGAAGCUCAAGUCAUGUUUCCUCCAAAACAUGACAUGCCUGGCCACCUACUUGUCACUUAACCUUCCCUUCGGCCAAUUGUGCAGCAUUCUAUGGGGCUCUUGGUCACAGCUGGUUAUGGCACAGCCUGGGAUCAAACCGGAGGCUGUAGUGUCACCUCAGCAGUGCAGUGCAUUUGACCGAUACGCCACCCAGGACCCUCUUAUCAGAGUUAUUCAGGAGUAACAUUCAAACAAAAUAAUACUCACCAACAUUAAACAACUAUACAGAAAACCCGAAAUUGAGAAUAGUCAGAAUAACUGAAAACUAAAAUAGCAGUGCAGAUGGCACUCCUUUGCUAAGUGCAGAGAUGUAUUAUAAGUAAUGAAUGUGUAGGGGAAGGUUGUAGACUUUGUGGCACAGCAGAAAGAGCAGCAUAUCUCAAAUCCAGAGGUUGAGAGUUCAAAUUCCAGAUGGGGUUACAUUUUAGCUGAACAGCAUACAAUUUACUUUAAAUUCCCCAUACUAGUUUAUUACCUUUCUUAUAAUGGUUUGGGUUGGUUUGACAUUAUGUGAAGUUAAUGUGAUAACGCGACAACAUGUAAAGCAAUGUGACAACAUUAAACAUGUUACAUUUGAA